UCGUCGUGUAGUGCCACCUUGCGGUGGGUUCCGGGAACAUUGCGUCUAGAAAGACAAUGACACCCAAUCCUACAACGACCCUACCAAGAAGACACAGAUGCCAUAUUAGGAGUGUUGCUAUAUGAUAACAGUGAUAUUAAAAACACCAAAGACAUAUUGUUCGAAUUUUGGACCAAAAGACAAAGAAAGAAAAGAAAUAUGCAAAACUAAUAAACAUACAGUGAAUAAAACAACAGUAAAUAAAUAGAAAACAACAAAAAACCCGGACCGACAGAAAAACGGAACAGGAAGGGCCGUUCCAAAAGCCACUACUUCCGACAACUACCAGAACUAGGUCUUACUGUUGAAAGCUGUUCUUCAUGCUUGAUUGAUAAACAGACGCCUUGAAAAAAAACAACAACAAUAUAAUGUAGUAUAAAAACAAUAUGGUUAUACUUAAGUAUUAUAUGAUUGAUUAUGUAAAAAGUUAUGUUCUUCACGGAAGUUUGUCCGUCACGACCCAAGAGUAUUUCCUUGCUCAUGCUCAGGCUUGCUUUGUCACCGGUCGUCACUAGUCAGUGUCAUAUCCUGCUUCAGCCAACUUGAGAAUCCCAUCACCUAUAUAUAAUUCACAUGUUGGUGUAGUGAAGAUGGUGGUUAAUGCUGAGAGUAUCAGGAAGUACCACCACUAGCAGCCAAAAUCAUCCAAGUCCACUUCUGAAGUUCCAAGAAAUUGGGAACUAAAACAAAGAAGAGGUUUGGAGAAACAUACCCCUGCAGAUUCGAGAGAUGGGGACUGGAAUGGGUCGUGCACGGGAAUUUCUACGCCGCAACAUUGUCUUGGUAGUGAUGGUUCCUGUGUUAGUGGGUGUCCACUUUGGGUGGCAGAAAAUACAGGACAUUGAAAUGUUUGUACCAAAGCAGCAACGCCAUGACCUCCCUGUUAUUGAGGGUGCCAGAUACCUUAGGGAAGGGAUGGAAAAGAAACUGGGACUUAAGAAAGAAGAGUAGCAGGCCAUUUAUUCCCUUAGCAGAAAAGAUGUCAGGUGUGGUGGUAGAAGGGGAUCGUGUGAAAGGAGUGUUUUGUCAUAGUGUGAAUCAUCCAUCUUGCUUGUCCAUGCUGAGUAGCUAUCGGAAGCUGCUACUUUCUGCUUAUGGACCAAAGGGCUGUUCUGUUUUGAUUAGCAAUGCUGUAGGUAGGGAGGCAUUAGUAUCAUCUUCAUCAGAAAUUGUUAAAGAACUAUCUUUUGCUCAUCCUACCACAAAAUAUAUCAAUGCACUAAUCAGUGCUCAAAAUUCCUCUUGUGGUCUUAAUGGUCUAUAUACUGGCCUUCUUUGUGUCGGACUGCUGGAGGAAGCUCUGAAGUGUGAGGAAGAGAUGUCACACCCAAUUGUCAGUUAUGUGUCAGAGUGGAUAAUUUCACAGUUCAUUGAACAGCUGGACCAAUUCCCAUCACAAGUGGUGAUGGAACUGGACAUUGAGGAAAUGGAUCAAGUGGUUUCUUUUGUGAAAACAAUAAUAGGAGCCAAAAGUUCUCUAGGUCUCACCAAGUCUGAAGCCAGUGACCUUAGCAUCAAUAUAGUUCGUGCAUUCCUCAAGAGCAUUCCUAGUGAAUACAUGCAUAAUGGCUUUGGACAUGUCUCCAUUGCAACACAGGAGGAGGGACCAUCCUCCCCAGGAGCCAUCUUUGAAGGUUUGUUGUAUCGGAAUCCUGAUAUCUCUCUAAACAGAGUGGAGGAGAUUGGAGCACUUGGUGAGAUUAGGGUGUUGCUUUUCACAGUGGCACUGUCUUAUAUAGAAGAGACAACUUCUGUUGCCUGGGGAGGGCCAGGGACCAAGGAAGAUAACUUUGGUUCCUUAGUCCUGGCCAGUCUCAUGUCUGUACUAAAGAAGAGGAAUAUCAGCAUCAUAGCCAACCAAAAACCUGUGCAUCCAGUACUCAAGUUUGAAUUGGAGCGUACUGGCUGCCUAGUACUGGAAAGGCUUGGCACUAGUGCAACUGAAUCACUAAUAAGAGUUAGUGGGUGCAGGUCUGUCAGCAACCUCAGUAACUUGCCAGGUGAGCUGAAUGAUGCUGUUCUGGGAAUACUGACCUCAACACAGAAUGUGGUCUUAAAUAACAAGAACUACAUUCUGUUGAACAACAGUGAGGGAUGUGUGUCAACUCUCUUGUUACCCACAAUCUCCAGUCCGAGUAUUCUACCAACGCUAAAGGAAACUACCAAGAGCUGCUUGGCUGCUUUACGGAUGGCUGUGGUGGAUCGGCGGAUAGUGUGUGGCGGAGGCUGCCUAGAGGCCUGGGCUGCGACCACUGUUACUCAUCUCAUCACCACCAAUGCUCAGCUCCUCACUCAACUUGCUGGUGCUUCUCCUUAUCACAUCUUUAAGGUUGGAAAUAUUUUUGUCCGUACCUUGAUGGAAUUGGCUCUGUACCUUAGUGGAGGAUCUUCAAAUAGAUUUGAUUGGUCAGUGGACACAGUGUUUCAUCACCUAUGGCACACUCCAUCACAUUUGCUGAAAAAUGGAGAUGUAUCCAGCACUGCCUUGCCAGCCAAUCCUCCACAACAUUGUGUGUGUGGCUUGGUGACACAGGAGGUUCUCCGAUACAAACACAAUGGUUGGUGGAAACCUGUAGAGUUUCAGCUUUCAGAUCAUCUCCCAACUUUUCCCUCCCAACAAAAGGGGAAUGAUCAAAAGUCAGGUAAGUGCAAAUCAAGUCUUGAGGUGUCCUGUAGUAAGGAAAGCGAGAGUGAGGCUGAAUCCUUGGGCCAGUGUACAGAGGACAGCUUGGAGGCUUGUGGAAACAGUAGUGAUGAGGAUGUAGACAGUUUGGAGAAGACACCUCAUAGCUUGGAAGAAGAAAUAGACAGUCUUGAGGGAAAGUUAGAAAGUUUUGAUAUUGAGGAAUAUGAUAGCUUAGAGGAUAUUUUAGACAGAUAUGCUAGGCCAAGAGAUGAUGGUGAGGAAUGCAAAGUGCCUGAAGCUAAACUUGAAGAGCAUGUUUCUGGAGCACUGUAUGACAGCUUUGCUGCAAAGUUUAAUGCCACAAGACUGGCUCUUGAGGGUUUCACACAGUUGCUACAUAUUGGUCAAUGCAUAUUUGAUAAAUGAAAUUUAGAACUUGCACUCACAAAUUACUCAUCAUGACCACUAUAGUUAUUUGAAAGGCAAUUUAUAUUUUGAUGCAGGUCAUCCUUAGUCAUUGGAUAAAUUUUGAAACUUGAUAAGAAGUGAAACCAUGUCUUUAAAAGUCUGGUCUGAUACCAUUUGGUUUAUAAGUUAAAGAUUUGGGCAGUUUGAUGCUCAGCUGCAUUUUAAUGGUUAAUCCUAAUACAAAUCAGUCCCCCAGGCUUACAUUAUUAGUCCAGCCAGGUAUUAGAAGUUUCCAGUAAGCAGCCUUGAGAAAUUAGAAUCUUUAUUCUAAAAAGGAUAACAAAAAAAUCUUUACACUGUGUAUAAAAUAUAUGGAAGUCUACCUUGGUUAAAAGAUCAUUUAAUGAAAUUAUGUAUUUCAAAACCUGCAAAUUAAAGUAUGUGCUGGUGUAUAUAAAUGUACAUAACAUAUAUAUGUAGGUUUUCUAUAAAUGUAAUACUGUA